AUGUUUAUCCUAGACCUCCCGGGGGAGCUUCAGCAGAGAGUGGUCGAACAUGUCACAACACAGACAGAUCUCAAAUCGCUGUGUAUGACUUGUUCAGCUCUUCGUGUCCUCGCCAAUCCGAUACUGUAUAGACGCAUCGACUUGCGUUUAUGGAGUCAACGAGCGGUUGAGUGUCUGCAGCGUUGCAAUUUGGCAGGCGCGGGUCUGAACCUUCAGUACACGAAGGAGCUCAUCGUAGAAGAUGAGCCCGUUGGCGAAGAACUCAGAUCGAUCCAUACCGGCCGUAUCCGCCUACCCGCUCCAGAUCGUGGACCUCGGAACCGCUAUCUCACCGAGUCUCAACAAGACGAUAGUGCCUAUUCCUUCUUGCAGACCAUGCAUCAUAACAAACUGGAGCGCUUGUGUUACCAUUCACGGCGCUCUCUGUCACCGAUUGUGAAAGCGCAUCUUAAUGGAUACCAGCACAGAUUGAAAGACCUGCAAGUAAGCUUUUAUACUGAUCCUAAAACGCCUGAGCAACUCCCACGAAUAUUCUGCGGUCUGCAGCGUCUCGACCUAUAUCUGACAGAGUCAACCAAUAUCGCCCUUCUAUUCGAUAACAUGGAAGUCGUAGGCGCCAACUUGAAGCGUUUAUCCUUGACGGCAGCAGAUCCCCAGACAACCGAGAAUCAGCUGUAUGCCUGGGCGAUGGGCGAACAGAACGACCUUACCCGCUAUACACCUCGACUCAAAGAGCUCAGAUUAUCUAAGAUGGACUUCUCAGAUACAUUCGAGCAGCUAUCUCGGAUCAUCGAUUUCCAUCGAUUGAUUCGCCUCGAACUCCUGGUAGAGAGCUGCGGCCUUCACCUUUUCAUAAAGGACCUGGCCAACAGCAUAUAUACUGGCAGUGGAGAGAUGAACAGGCUCCACCUGAAGCAUAUUGCCAUCGAGUUUGUGCCCGAUCUUGAUGAGCGCCAGGCAAUCGACCUCAGAGAUGCUAUCGAACUCAUCAUCACCGCUUGCGGCCCAAUCGAGAGCUUUCAUGUGCGUUACCCGGAAACCAACCCUCUCAAGAUCACCCUACUGGAUUUCUUGCAGGCGCUCAGUCUCUCCAAUCACAACUUACAGAGUCUGAGCAUCUAUUGCGAUGAGUUCGAGACGCUCCAAUGGGAUGGAGUAGCCUCGGAUCUAUUACAGUGGGUUUCUGUAAGCUCCUUGAGUAAAGUGAAACAGCUCGCAGUGUACUUUGGCGAGUCAGCGAUGCUUGGUGGAGACACGACAAACAAUUACGCUACACUGUUGCAAUCUUUGAGAAGGUUUCCACAGCUACGCCUGCUACACCUCCACGUACCGGACUGCGAUCGCCUGGGAAGAAGCGAACACAAUUCCAACGCUGAGUGGGAUUCCUCGAUAUUGUCUAUGCAGCUGCAAACUUUCGCCAACCAGCUCUUCGGGGAUUUGAAUGGAGCAGGCGCGAAGCUAGAUGCUUUGGUCAUUGGACAUUUGGCGACGGUCGAGGCGAUCAUUACCGAUGCGGACUUUGUGAUUCCGCUUCCACAGCAGUGUUUCGUCAAGGGCGAGCAAAGAGACAUCCUCGGCCGUACUGUCGCUGUCGGCGUACCUGUUACGAGGAUGAUGUUGCGAGCAACUCAGCCGUAUACGGACAUUUUGGAUAUCGAUCAUCCUAGAACACAUGAUGCGUAUGAUGCGUGGGCAGGUAAGGCAAUGUGA